AUGUGGCUCUUGACCACCGCAACCGCAGAAGAAGCCCGCGCGAAAAGCGGUCUCAACUGGAGCGAGUGGGCUAGGUUCUACGCAUUCGCCAAAGAAGAGGCUAGACGGCUGGCUUCCGAGCACCCCGAGUGGAACUGGACCAAUGUGCCCCAGUACGAGAAGAGCAGAGUCCGCGACAGCAUCAACGGCCAACUGCGCCGCGAGGGCAUCUCGCCGCUCGGCGAAGACAUCAUACGAUGGCGCAUGUCGAUAUGUAUACGCGACGUGAAGCAGUGGGCAGUCAACAAGACGUGUAUGCCGAAGCGCAAUUCCACGGCCGCCGGCGCCGCGGGCUCGGCCUACCACCAAGUGCCUCCUUCAAGACCCUACGACCCCGUCCGCGACUUCUGA